GCGGCAUUAUGGAUCCUUUCACCGCAGUAGGCCUCCUCUUCGGUGUGUUAGACCUUAUUAAUCGUACAACCAAGUGUGUAAGAAAGUUCAAAGGGGCCUACAAUUCAAAGACAGGACUGCUAAGAGAACAGGAACGUCUACUCGAUUACAAUGAGGAAAUGACAGACCUUUUCAAGAAUAUCCAAGAAAGCUCGCAGAGGCUGGAGGAGUUGAAUUAUACUUCGGAAAACGAUGAUGGCAGUAUCCAGAUCAUCAUCGCCCGAUGCCAAGAUAUCUCGUUGAAUAUCAUGUCCUUACUGAAUCAAGUUAGACCAGAGAGACCGCACUCUAUAAAGGGCGCGAUUAAAGCGACAGUGAGAUCAAUCUUCAAUAAGAAGAGUUUCCGAGACCUCGAAGUCGACUUGGACAGGGGGCAAAAGACACUUCAUUUGGCUCUAACAUCAUCUAUGAAGACCCAAAUCGACCGCAUUUUGGAUAUUCUCAAGAAUACUACGGUGAAGAAUGACGAAGUUAAACAACAAUUGGAAAGGGUUCAAUCCAAGCUAGACUUGGCGGAUAACAGUCUAUACGAUCAGUUCCAAGAAAUCCUCAGUCUCUGCUACCGUGCGCAGGAUAUACAGAAACUUGGCGUGAUCCUUGGCAAACUCAGAAAAUACCAGAAUGGCACACAACCAAAUCCAAGAUAUGAUGAAGUGCACGACAAUUUCGCAAACACUUUCGAGUGGAUUUUUAGUGAACCACAAAAGCUCUUUGAAGCAGAGCCAGACCUGAAGAUGUCGUUUACUGACUGGCUCUGCGAUGGAGAGGGUAUUUUCCAUAUCCUCGGGAAGCCUGGGGCUGGAAAAUCAACGCUGAUGAAAUUCAUAUGGAAGCAUGAACUGACGAAGGACUUGCUAACCAAAUGGGCCGGCACUUCACAAUUACUUUGCCUGAAAUACUUCUUUUGGUCUACUUCCCAUCAAGACGGCUUAUUGGGUCUCAAAUGCUCCCUCUUGAGGUCUUCACUGGAGCAGGCCCCAGAACUCAUGGAACAACUGUUUCCUGAUCGCAGUGAAUUGGACAAAAAUGCCACUACAACUCUAAGUCACGAAGAAAUAUCUCGGGCAGCUGACUUAAUAUUUAUACUCAUGGACGGCCUUGACGAGUUUGACGAAAAGAAGCACGCCGAGGACUACCACGACUUGGUGCGCCUCAUCCAAAACUGGAUAUCCCUAUCAGGAAUGAGGGUCAAAGUUUGUAUCUCCAGUAGGGAAUAUGAGGCUUUCAUGGCAGUCUCGCGGCACCAGAGGAUUCGACUGCACAAUCUUACUAGGAAAGAUAUGCAAGCGUAUGUUACAGAACGCUUGGAAACACAUUCGAAAUUUUCAGAGCUACAAAAGUCUUGCGAAAGAAGACGAGGGAACCUCUGCGAUAAUUCCUCGCAUCGUCGAUGUUUAACUGAAUCCCUGGUAAACCAUAUUGUCGACAUAGCCGAAGAAGUACGCAAGUUUCUAAAUUCCGACCACGAUAUAAACAGAGUAUGGGAAUAUAUUGACACCCGCCCGAAACCAUUGCUCGACUACCUGAAGCACAUGCUCGACUCGAUUUCCGAUGUACAUCAAAAAGAGGUAUAUAUCAUACUCGCCAUAAGCAAUGAAUAUGCCUCCAUGAGACCCCCAAAUAGAGUUUCGAUCCUAGGGGCAUCUUACCUGUCAGAAAAGCUGAGUCGCGAUACCAAGGGACCGCGUUCCCAACAACCUAGCUCGAUCGACUCCGAACUACAGAAAGAUGACUGGCAUAUUUAUACAGGAGAACAAAUCCAUGCUCGCUUCAAUGGUUUGCUUGAAGCAUCGAAUGAGACGCGUUCAAGUUGGGGAAUUGAACGACCAUUGGUUCUUACUUUCACUCAUCGUUCCACCAUAGAAGUCUUACAGAAUAAUAUCGACACCAAACUGCUCAAAUAUAACAUAACUGAACUGGAAUUAGUAAAGUGGGCUUGUCAGCUUUUUCUUGGGGAGAUCAUCCUCUCCCGCGGCAAAUUGGCUGACAGAAAGUAUGGAUUAUAUUAUAUGUUUAGGACAGAAUCCCUCGCCGCCUUUCUCGGAAAGCUAAACUUCGUAGGGGAUUCUUCACUUGAGCGGCAACUGGAUCAAAUUGAAGAUACAUGCUUGACACUGCAGUUUGGGGCCCCUAAUCCGCCACCUACGGGGUUUUGGCUAUCCAAUGCACACACUAGGCUAUUCCCUGACCUCCCCUAUUAUUGUUCUUUUUUGAUAGUGGCAUCCUCUUUCGGCCUGACUGCGAUAUUACCCUGGCUGUUGAAAAGGAUGAAUAAUUUACCGAAACGGAGUCAUCUGGCAUCUGAUAUGUUGUGGUAUUGCAUGAAUGGAUCUUACAGAGCAAGAUCAGAAUCCGGUAAUAUCACGCUCAUAGCAGAAUUUCUUCGAAAUGGAUUCGUCGGGAGUGAUGUGCGCGACACAGAAGCCAGAGUUCAAGUUUCGAAACAUGGAUGCCACACUACCAUGCCAUGGAUUUAUUAUGUAGAAUACGUAAUCUAUAGAGAGGUGGAUAUGGAAAGUAGAUGGACGAUAAUGGAACUAUGGCUUGAAAAUGGAGCCAAUCCUCGUAUUCAAUUACGUCGUCAUGGGAGUUAUGAAAUAGCUGUAAAGAUCAAUGGCCAGCAUAUACCUUUUACGGGGAGACAAGGGUCACUAAAGUUCGACAAUCCUUCUAUACAAGCCAGCUUUUUAAGAAAGCCUCUAACGCUCAGAGACUUUGUCGUCGGCUCUAGGGCUUAUAAUAAACAGCGGCUACUGGAACUCAUAGACCACAACACCGCCCUGCUUGAAGCGGAUGAGGCAGCAGAAGAAACAUAUGCCAGGGCCAUCUUCAAGAGACUUCCAUGGCUGGGGAGAUCAGAUGCGUUUGUUAAUUGCUGGGUAUUGCUAUUUGACAUUCUCUGGGCGAUUAAUAUCUGUGACAUUGCCCCUUACGAGUUACCCGAUAAAAGGUAA